UUCACGAUUUUAGAGAUAAAAAUGGCCUCGUGUUGAGUGUUUUAUUUGUAUGUCGCAAAAAUUAUGAUUUACUCGAUUAAUAAUUGAAGAACUCAAGUGUUUAACAUUCAACCAUUUCAUACAGUAACAUAUCGUUCCGGGAAGUAGAAAUUCACCCUGCUAAAUCGGUAAAAUGAAGAAUGGGAAUACAGAAAUGCCGUCUGCCCAGCUUCCCAAUGAGAUUUGGAUUGCGAUUUUCAAACAUUUCGACAUCACAUGCCUACUCGAUUUAUCACUCGUUUGUAAGCACUGGAAUCACCUCAUAUUCACACACUUAGCAAAUCGGAUCAUGCUCAACUUGGACCUAGACCAGCGGAAAUACCCUCCUAGAGACAUCGGAAUGGUUCCGGAAAGAUACUACAAGCAUCUGUGCUUGCGAUCGUUCAAGCUAGACAGUCCGGCUUAUUUGUUUGAGAUUGUUAAACAGCUGGCUGUACAUUUGGAUACAUUGGAGCUGACACUGGUGUCCCUUGAAUGCCAGGAUCUGUUGCAACUGCUUGCGCUGUGCACUCGAAUGACCAAGUUGUGCAUUAAAGCUAAAUACUUCGAGUGCGAUGAUACAAUGCACAGCUCGAUACCCAUUCUUUAUGCUGUUCGUUCUUUGAGCUUCGAUGUGGAGAACUAUGUUUCGACGUUUAAUCUGUACAGCUUCGAGAUGUCAUUCUUGCGAACCAUGCCCAAUGUUAAUGAGCUCAAAACACUUCUGUAUCGACCAUUGGAUCUGAGUAUGAUCCUCUGGAUGUCCGCUAGAUUGAAGGUCUUGAAGGCAACUGUCAGUUGUGAAGCGAUCAACGACUUUUUGAGUUUGCGGUUGCCUGCGCUUAAAGUACUAGACCUUACCUUGCUUCAGCCGGAACAUCAGUGGCGUAAAAGAAGAACUUUCCACGCACGAGCCUUUCAGGACUUCCUUCUGGGUUGCAAGUCGUUGAAAACGGCUCUAUUAUCGUUUCGCUGCGAAUAUGAUCAGCAGUUGCUGACUGCGAUCUUUACCAGUCUCUCACGCGUUGAGGUGCUACAGCUUUCUGGCGGGUUAGCAACAGAAAGAUUCUCCCUCAACGGAAUGGAAAGGAUGACAUGCUUGAAGACGCUCUCGUUACACUGUCUGCUACUAUUCCAAGAGGAUGACCGUGUGGUGCCAAUGCGGACUGUGGAAAAAUUCUCAAUGUGUACCUUCAUUAGACCGAACAAAUUUGGCGAUAUUUUGAAGCGCUUUCCGAACCUUAAAAGCCUUGCUUUCCGGAUGCACGGUGAUGAGCUCCAAUCGGUCGCCGAAGUUGUACCGUUGCUCGAGGAAUUGUCGGUUGACAUAAGCCGCAUAACACCAGAGAUGAUUAAUCAUAUGCAGCAGUUGGUUACUCUGAAGAAACUUACCAUUGAUGCCCACUCCAUUGCUAGGACCAACUUCCGCUUGCUUCGUAACAUAAAGGCCCUGCCGGCAAUGAAGUGUCUGAAUGUGUCCACCGGUUCCAACAUUCCGCCGAACAUUGCUAGUUCGAUAGCGGCAACGAACCAAGCCUGCAAACUUAUUUUGAACGGGCAACUGGUGAAACCAGCGACUCGGACUCGUCGUUCCGGAGUGAAACGGAAGCAAACGGCUACGGUGUCAACCCCCAACAGGAAGUCAGCCAGCAAAAGCACAUCGCCAACACCGACCGACGAAAGUCAUCCAUCCGAGAGCGGAGCCAGUACCAGUGGAAGCGGCAGUUUUCUCGCUAGCUCCCUAGAUAAUAGUAAUGUAAGUUUCUCUAUGGUUAAGUGUUCAUCACCGGGUGAGAGUGCCCUCGUUAGGAUCAAUCAAAGCAUGGACGAGGGUGAGUCGGCGAGUGGUGGGUUGGAAGAAUCGACGGAUGGUGCGUUUUCCAGUGCUGCUUCCACCAUUGAGGUUCAAAAUAAUAGUGAAAAUCAGGUGAUGGUCAAUCAUUUAUCUCCGAAUAAUAGUAUGACUUCUAAAUGAACGUGGUAGUCGCGCAGCGCGAAGAUUUCACAUAAGAUAUUACAUUAAGUGAUGUUUUGAUUAUUAUUUAUGUUGUUUAUUUUGUAAUUUUGUGUAUUAUUGUGAUCUUCAUAAAUUAUUUCA